CUCCCAGAGAAGCUUAAUGUAAGCAAAUUGAACAUGCCGACGAAAGAACGCCUGGUUUAACCCCGUGCAACAAAUCCAAGAGAUAGAGAAAAGAGACAUUCAACGGGCAAUUGUUAUCUUUUUUCAAAUCGGGACUGAUUCUUAUUCCAAGCAGCUAAAGGAGUAUAAUUAUAAAAUCACCGAAAAAAAUUGCUGCUAUAUUUACGUGGGCUUGAAGCCGGCAUUACCCAAGAAGCAAAGUCCUCACUUUCAACAAGCGGCCUGCCCUGAGUAAAGCCGAGAGAGAGAGAGAGAGAGAGAGGGAGGGACAUCGCCACAAAAAAAAUGUCCGGAGUCACAACCGUCGAAUACAGGGGCCGGGUGGCUGUCAUCACCAUCUGCAACGAGCGCAAGCUCAACGCCCUCGACCUACAUGGCUACUAUGAGCUGUCGGAGAGGAUGCGCGAGGUGGCCACCCACGACGAGGUCUACGUGACCUUGUUGACGGCCAAGGGCCGUUUUUUCUCGGCCGGCGCCGAUGUAUCCACCAUCCGCGACCCUCCCACCACAGGCGAGGACGACAGCGGCAUCGCCGACGGUGGCCGCCGCCAGUGGCUGCAGAGCUUUGUGGCCUUCAACCUCAACAUCACUCAGGCCUUCUAUUCGCACCCCAAGAUCCUGGUCGUGGGGCUCAACGGGCCCGUCGUCGGCCUGUCGGCCGCGCUCGUUUCCUUUGCCGACUUCAUCUACGCCACGCCGUCUACCUUUCUGCUGACGCCGUUUUCGUCCCUUGGCCUGGUCGCAGAGGGCGGCGCGUCGCGCGCCCUGGUGCAGCGCCUCGGCGUUAGCAAGGCCAACGAGGCCCUGCUCAUGAGCCGCCGCGUCCCCGCCGACGAGCUGCUGCAGACCGGCUUCGUCAACAAGGUCUUUACCGAGCUCAAGGGCGCCAAGGACGACGACGUCCGGUUCAAGGAGCUUGUCCUGGCCGAGAUUGACGACAAGCUGGGCGACCACCUCGUGGGCGACAGCCUGAUCGGCAUCAAGGAGCUGAUCCGCCGGCCCGAGAUCGAUGUGCUCGAGGGCCAGAACGCGAGGGAGGUCUUUGCCGGGCUUGGGAGGUUUAUGAGCGGCGUGCCGCAGCGCGAGUUUUUGAAGCUUGCCUCGGGCGAGAAGCGACACAAGCUAUAAGGAGACAAAGAAACGAGGCAUUUAUGACGUUUGGAAGAGUCUCCUGUUUCUUCUUGGGAUUUCGUUAGGGGAUUUUUUACACGCUGCAGUUUCCCUUACAUUUGUUUUCUAUAGAAAGAAACUGCCCAUGUAUAUUCUACCGGUAUCUAUACAGUCGGUACCAAAUCAAGAGGCCUUGGCAAAUAGAAUACUUUUCUAUUAUGCCAGCAACCCAAAGAGUAGG